AUGAUGGGACUGUUUCCCUCGAACUUUGUAGUGCUCCUCGGGGAGGACUUUGUGCCUGUGACUCGAUCCACGACAGACGCCUUGACACGAAAUGACAGUGCAGAUUCUCAUACCCUCAAAAAGCAACGAACAGUCUUCCGAAAGCCGUUUCAAGCGCACAGGCACGCAGUCACACCGGGUGAGGCCAAUCGUCGCGCUCGAGAAAAACUGUCAGAGACACCUUCCACAGCAACGUCCCGAGAAAACACACCACCGCGAUCAAUUCUUCCCGAAAAGCCUCCACGAACGCCAACUACUGCACUUCGGAGUCGAAGCACACUGGCAAGAUCUCCAUCAAGGACAGUGUCCCCGAGUCCCAUUGAGAAAGCUCGUGUGCCAUCACCGUUGCCGCCAAAACGCGAUGAAUUCGUGUCAACAUCGCCUUCCUAUCCUAUACCUUCGGAGGUGGCUCCUCAAGUGGCACCUCAGCAACCUCGUGCGUGGUCACCUUUGCCUUGCAACCGCGAUGAUAUUGUGUCAAGAUCACCUUCCUAUUCGAUGCCCUCAGAGACGGCACUUCAGGUCGUUCCUCGCGUUCCCCAGCAACCUCCGGCUCGCGAUCCAUCGCCGUCCCCUCCACCCCCGCCUCCACCACCUCAUCGAAUUGCAGUAAGGAGUCAGCAGCAUCGUAUGAGUAUAGCGCCUGCCCCAAUUGACAUGAACGAUCGCUAUACAGUAUUCGCCAAAUCCCCGCCUCCAAGUGCUACAUCUCCACUGCCCCCCAGUCUCUCACCUGGCCAUUCGCCUGGGCACUCGCCUGGAGGUCACUCAUCAGUCGGUCAUGGCAACACCCCCUCACCAUUGCGAGAUGCUAUGGAAGAUGUGAUGACUUCUUUGCAAGACAUGGGUCUGCCCCGCGGCGCGCCAUCUCCUUCUCCCACCCCUCAAUUUUCGAAUCCAUGGUCACCCGAUGCAUAUAACGAAAUUCGAGCAACAAGCCCACGACCGACCCGUGCUCGAGCAAACACAUCUUUGGGUUUUGGUUCAGUUCGUGAGGGAGAUUCUAAUCAAGGAGGGAAUGACUAUGAUGAGCAACAAUCUAAUGGUCAGAGAUACCACGAAGGGCCCCCUCAGUUCAACAACUAUGUGCAGCGAAUGGAAGAUCGACUCAGACAACUUCAUGAUCAGUCAAAUCAACCGAAUCAUGACAACGAAGAUGAUGUUGGACCACCGCCACCACCGAAACAACAUGGGUAUCAUACCAGGCAUGAUUCAACUGGUGUCCCCCGUCCUCAAUUGCGGGCACGAAAGUCAGCUGUGGAAUUAGGUAAACAGUUCCUGAACCGUACUAUGACUAAUAAAUCAAACACAACAAAUUCGUCCAGCGGUGUACAAAGCACAUUUACCACGGACACGACCAGUACAAACACUACCGUCAGCUUGAUGAGCGGAACGUCAGCCGGUCAGUACAGUGCAACGAGUGCAGGAAGCUUUGCAAGACACGGACAAGCAAAAUGGGGCAGCUUUUCGGCUGAACGCCCCACAACAGCAAUGGAUAGCCUGAAUAGAGGUGUUUUUAGUGAUCUUGAUAGACCAAUGACUCCAAUCAGUGGUAUAUCUUAUCAUUCGAGUCACGGCACUUCGAGACAGGGCGCUCAAUCUGCUGUACCAUGGUCACCCGGUAAAGAUCUCGGCGAUUCACCUGGAGUUUUUGGGGGCUUGUCAACACCCAAAGCCAAGAAGAACGGAUUUCUCAAACGUUUCCUCGAAUCUGCCAAAACUGGAGCGGCGACUGCUAGAAGCAGCAUUCAGGUGCCGAACGGAAGGUCCCCGUCGCCCACAAAGCAUCGGUUUACUCAGUCAUUUGGCUCAUCUCGACGUCCAGAAUACAAUAACUCUGAGGAUGUUGAUGUAGGUGCCAAUAGUCCAAUUGAUUGGGUGCAAGUUCGACGGGAUGUGAAUCGUGCGAGCACGCCAAGCCGAAACGAGCGUAUCGAGCGCGCGGAGCGUUGUCAAAUGAUGGAUCAUCCGGUCAUUUAUGCUGUUGAGGAGCUCUACGAAACGGCAGAGGGAGACGAGAGUAUUGAUGGCCUACCACUUAGCGAUCCCACCAAUUGGGGCGCCAUCAACCUUAGCUUGGUUGACAAGAGCGCACGAUUUAUCAGCAGCCUACCGCCCUUAACAAACCCAGCAAGCUUAGCCCAAGGUUACAUUUGUCGCCCGUACAAGAGCGACGUCCAGCGCUUGAGAGCCAUCUUCACUUGGGUCAGUGAAAAGAUUGCAUGGGAGGAGCCAUUGGAUGAGAAUGAGGUUGACUUGAAACGCGUAAUUAACAUGAAGCGCGGAUGUCCUCAAGAGGUUGCUUUCCUUGUCCAAGAAAUGUGCUCGGCCGUUGGGUUACAUGCCGAUAUUAUCAGAGGCUAUUUGAAAAGCCCCGGAGAGCUCCUGGACCUGAGUGCACUUUCAAGACCCAAUCACUGGUGGAAUGCUAUAUUGAUUGACGGUGAAUGGCGCUUCAUGGAUUGUUCGCUAGCAAGCUCAACGAAUCCCAAGCGAAGUCAAUUAGUGACAACGAAUUCUCAGCAUGCCGAGAGCUGGUAUUUCCUUGCUCGACCUCUCGAAUUAUGUUAUACGCACAUUCCUCUGCAUCCCGAAGAGCAACAUAUUUGCCCGCCCAUAUCUCCAGACGUUCUUUUAGCUCUACCUGCCGUCAGUCCGGCUUUUUUCAAGAAUGCAAUGCAGAUGCCGGAUUACGAUACAAGCUAUAUACGCAUUGAAGGUUUGGACGUUAUGCAAUUACGCAUUCUUGUUCCGCCUGAUGUUGAAUGUGCUGCUGAAAUUGAAGCACCAGCGUUUGCUCGUGAUGCCGAUGGCGACUGGUUUGAAAGUGGAGAUGUCAUACGCAAACGCGCGCUUGCUCAACCCGACUGGAUUCGUGGUCAAAAGCGCUUCACAAUCAAGGCACUUCUCCCUGGCGAUGAAGGUCAAGGCGUCCUCAAGAUUUAUGCGGGUAAGAAGGGCUUGAUGCAUUCAAACAGGGAUAUCCCUCAUCCACUUGCCGUCGCCUUACCAAUUCUUCAUACCGGAGACAAUCCUCCCUACGAGUUUUUGCUGCGACACCCGACUCCACAUGCACAGCGUCAUGAUCUUUAUGUCAUCCAGCCGCAGUGCGGAAAAUUGGCCAUCAAUAACACCUUUGUGUUUGCAGUUCGCCAACAUCCAGCCGCGCCGUUUUCAAAGUCUAGUAGCGGAGAGAUUCCAAGCGAUGGGCGUGCGUCUCCAUCAAUCAUGCGACCAUCUAGUGCUAUGAGCAUGGUAUCCAGCAGUUACGGCGGAUCCGUGGCCUCCACUACAUCCCUCGAUGGCUUCACGGCCAAUACAUCCGUCGUGUCAUCAAACAAGUCUAUGUCAAGCCGCGAGAAGCCCGCUAAAUUGGCUAUACAAUCACCAUCCGGCAAGAUUCUGCGUCUCAUGCGCAAAGCAGAUCAUAUGAUUAGCACAAGCAACAAUAAUCCUGAUUCUUUGACCGAGGGUACUCCAGACGGUAGUGUAUGGGAAACUGUUAUCAAGAUUGGAGAGAAAGGCGUUUGGCGCGGUCUAGUUUUGGCAGAUCGCAGCGCGCGUUGGUGCGUGUUUUGCGAAUGGGAGUCUUAUUAA